AUGCAUCUCCUGAACCUGACGCUGCAGCCGCCUACGGGCGUGCAUUUGGCCGUGUACGGUAACUUCUCGGCCCCGCAGGCGCAGGAGCUCGUAGUGGCUCGCGGUGAUGUGCUGCAGCUGCUGCGUCCGGAUGAGUCGGGUCGUCUGGAGGUCGUUAUCUCGACCCAGGUAUUCGGGGUUGUGCGCGCUCUCCAGCCCUUUCGCUUAACGGGAGGAGACCGAGACUACCUCGUCGUAGGCUCCGACUCGGGAAAGAUCGUAGUUCUCGAGGUAAACCCUACUUCCAGUCGAUUUGAGGCCCGACAGAGCGAAACUUACGGUAAAACAGGUUGCAGACGUAUCACACCGGGCCAGUACUUGGCUGCCGAUCCCAAAGGCCGCGCCGUGCUCAUCGGAGCUGUAGAGAAACAGCAGCUGGUCUACGUUAUGAACCGCGAUGCGUCCAGUCGUCUCACUAUCUCGUCGCCUUUGGAAGCACAUCGCUCCAACGCCAUCCACUUGGGCGUUGUGGGGCUCGAUGUAGGCUUCGAGAACCCCAUUUUCGCCUCUUUGGAGCUAGACUACGCCGAAGCAGACGCUGAUCCAAGUGGCCAAGCAGCUCGAGAAGUUGUGAAGACUCUGGUGUAUUACGAACUGGACUUGGGACUCAAUCACGUGACCAGACGAUGGAGUGAACAGGUCGUGAGGAGCGCCAACAGGCUCGUGGCAGUUCCUGGAGGAGGUGACGGACCUGGAGGAGUGUUGGUACUGGGAGAAAACACGGUACAGUACAAGAACGAGGGACAUCCAGAGCUAACGUGUGCCAUCCCUCGACGAGAAGGAGAACACCGAGAUAUUAUCAUUGUCUCGGCAGCUACACACAAGCAGAGAGACCUGUUCUUCGUGCUGCUGCAGUCCGAACUCGGAGAUCUGUACAAAAUCUCGCUGGAUUACUCCGGCAACGUCGUGGAAGAGAUCAAGAUCCAGUUCUUCGACACAAUUCCCGUGGCGUCGUCCAUGUGUAUCACGAAGACAGGUCUGCUCUUCUGUGCGUCCGAGUUCUCGAAUCACUAUUUAUUUCAGUUUUUGAGUAUCGGCGAGGGAGAUGAUGCAGCCAAGUGCUCGAGUUUGGCCAUGGAUCCGACCGAGUUCUCGACGUUCCCGUUGAGAAAGUUAACCAACUUGGCGCUGGCCAGUUCGUCUGCAAGUUUGAGUCCUGUGACGCAGCUGCUGGUGGAUGAUCUGGCCAAUGAACAAACUCCACAGAUGUACGCGCUGUGUGGAAACAAUAACCGCUCGUCGCUGCGUGUGCUGCGUCAUGGUCUUCCGAUCACAGAGAUGGCAGCUAGUGCGCUACCAGGUGUUGCUAAGGCUGUGUGGUGCUUGAAGGAAUCGUACGCGGACCCGUAUGACAAGUACAUUGUUGUAAGCUUCGAAGACGCGACAUUGGUUCUGGAAGUGGGCGAGACGGUCGAGGAAGUGGCUCAAUCUGGAUUUCUUCGUGACCAUGGCUCGUUGCUGGUGGCGCUGCUGGAAGAUGACUCGAAGCUUCAGAUUCACACGAACGGAAUUCGCCAUGUACCCAAGUUUCAGCCUGUUACAGAGUGGAAGGCACCUGGUAAGAAGGUGAUUGAGCACUGUGCUGCCAACUCCCGUCAAGUCGUGAUCUCUCUCGCUGGUGGGGAGAUUAUUUACUUUGAGUUGGGUCAGUCCGGUGAGCUGGCCGAGAAAGGCAAGUUGGAUCUCGGCUUUGAAGUCUGCAGUUUGGACUUGGGAGAAGUCCCUGAGGGCCGUCAGCGCUUCCAGUUUAUGGCAGUCGGUAGCUGGGAUAACACGGUCCGCAUUUUGUCGCUGGACCCGAACGAGUUGUUCCGACAGAAAUCGACAUUAGCGUUGACGUCGCACCCUCACACUCUCUGCCUGGCUCAGUUGCAGAAUGAGCCGUCGACUCCUGACUCGGAGCACUCGUCGCAGGCGCUGUUCUUGAGCAUUGGUCUGGACAAUGGUGUGCUGCAGCAGUCACUCAUCGACCCGAUCACAGCGACGUUGGCGGAUUCUCGCUCUCGUUUCCUUGGAACAAAUCCAGUAAAGUUGUUCCGUGUGGCAGUCGAGGGCAAGCGCUCGAUCCUUGCGCUCUCCAGUCGAGCGUGGAUCUCGUACUUCCACCAGACACGGAGACAUCUGACUCCUCUGUCGUGUGAGCUGCUCUCGUACGCUAGUUCGUUCAACUCCGAGCAGUGUCCUGGCGGUAUUGUGGCGCUGACGAAUGAAGGAAUGAAGAUCUUGACAGUUGACCAGCUUGGAGACACGUUCAACCAGCAGAAGUGUAAUUUACGGUACACUCCUCGCAAGGCCGUCGUGCACUCUCCGUCCCGACGACUCGUUGUUAUUGAAAGUGACCACAACGAGUACGGUGCUGCGUAUAAGAGGCAACAUGGUCUCCAGAUCCCGGACAUUCGAAGUGCUAAUGACUUGGAAGAUGAGGCGGAGGAUGAGAUUAAUGACGCACUGCUGUUCCCUCGUGGGCCUCUUCCUGCUGAGAAAGACAAGUGGGCUUCGUGUGUGCGUAUCAUUGACCCAGCAUCGUGCCAGACGGUUGUGUGCGAGGAAUUAGACGUGGAUGAGCGAGCCCGUAGCAUUGCUGCCUGCGUGUUCCACGACCGUGGCGGUGAAGCGUUUAUUAUUGUGGGCACUGUGAAGAAAAUGCAGCUCCACCCUCAGAAGGCGCCUGCAGGAGGCUACUUACGUGUUUACCGCGUCGUCGAAGGCAUGCAGCUGGUACUUGUGCACACGACUGAAAUCGACGACAUUCCGCAUGCCAUGUGCGAGUUCCAGGGACGUCUGCUUGUCUCUGUGGGGCGAGCACUGCGAAUUUACGACUUGGGAAAGAAGAAGAUGCUGCGGAAGUGCGAGAACCGCAACUUCCCGUCGAUUCUGGUGGAGCUGAAGGCUGCAGGUGACCGGAUUUACGCUUCAGACAUGCACGAGUCCUUCCACUUUGUGAAGUACAAGAAGGACGAGAACCAGCUGGUGAUCUUCGCUGACGACUGUGUGCCGCGCUUCAUCACGAGCAGCGUCUUGCUAGACUACGACACAUUGUGUGGCGCUGACAAGUUUGGCAACGUGUUUGUGUCGCGACUCCCGUCUGAAGUCUCGGACGAGAUCGACAACCCUACGGGCAACCGGAUUUUGUGGGACUCUGGGCUUUUAAAUGGCGCACCCAACAAACUCGAACAGGUGGCGCAGUUCCACGUGGGUGACGUGGUGACCAGCAUGGUGCGUUCAAGCUUGGUUCCUGGAGGUACCGAGGCGGUCAUCUACGCGACUAUCAUGGGCCGCAUUGGAGCUCUGAUCCCGUUUACGUCUCGUGAAGAUGUGGACUUUUACACCCAUUUGGAGAUGUACAUGCGCCAGGAACAGCCCCCGCUGUGCGGCCGCGACCACUUGUCGUACCGAUCGUACUACAUCCCAGUGAAGAAUAUCACGGACGGCGAUCUGUGCGAACAGUUCAGUUCUCUUAGCGUGGAGAAGCAGGCCAGCGUGGCUGAAGACCUCGACCGGACGCCAGCUGAAGUACUGAAGAAGCUCGAGGACAUUCGCAACCGUCUUCUGUGA